AUGAUGAACAGUUUCUACAAAAAAAAAAAAACCAUAGUCAUCUCACUCUCCUUCUCGAAAAACUCAAGUCGCUAGGCACUGAUGUUUUCCCCGAGGGCGCCCUCUUGUCUUUGGAUCAGCAGAGCGCGUACGAUCGGGUCGAUCACGCCUGGAUCUUCGAGGUCUUUGAGGCCUUUGGGUUCGGUGAGCGUUUCAUCUCGCUGCUGCGCGCUCUCUACGAUCCCGAGACUCUGGGGGUGCGCUACCUUGUCAAUGGGUUCCCCACGGACUUGGUGCGGUUGCUGUGUGGUCUCGGUCAGGGGGAUCCCCUCUCGUGCCCGGUUUGGAACAUCACGUUCCAGCCCUUCCUCGACGCCCUCGUUCGGCGCGGGAUCGCGCUCGACCUGCAGAAGGUGUGGCCAGGGGGGCCGCGUGCGCAGCUUACGCAUCUGGCGUUUGCCGACGAUGCUGUGGUGGUGGUGGAGUCACCGGCGGCAUUGUCGAAGCUGCAAACGCUGUCGCAGACGUGGUACGAGGCUACCAACGGGAAGACCAACACGGACAAGACGCUGGUGCUACCACUCGGACCGAACUGGCUUCGGGACGAGACUGCGCAGGCGCUGCCAACGGUGCAGGAGGGGGAGAGCUUCAAGUGGUGCGGCUAUGCCUUCUUUCGCCACGGUGACUCGAAACUGUUCUGGACCCAUGUUCUUGACAGGAUCAAGGCCAAGGCCCGCGCCGCUCGAGACCGGACACUUUCGCCGAGUGGGAAGGUUUUCUAUGCCAACGCUCACAUCAUCUCGACGGUCCUCCACGUGCUGUCCUUCGACAUACCGCCUCAAUGGUUCAUUAAGGCGGCGGAGACGGCACUUACGGACUUUGUCUGGGGAGGAGCAGGGCGAAAUACCGUCGCUCGCGAUUUCGUGUUCCAGGCUCGGGAGGACGGUGGCUUGGGUUUGAUUUCGAUUGGCGACAUCGUUCAUUCGGUGGCGCUUCGAUUUUGGGAUGCUGUGGCGGGCUCGGACGAGGCGAUCUGGGCGCCCCUAGCUCGCGAGAGCUGGAGGUCCCUCGUCGCUGCGACCCGCGAUUUCAGUCCGUGGGGGUUCUUCAGCAGCACGGCUCGGGUCGAGAAGCUGUAUCGCGACUCGACGCGCUGGGGGGCAGUCGUUGCAGCGGCCAGGGUCACAGUUCCAACCAUCAAGUCCGAACUCCUUACGCUUCCCGAAUUGCUCUCGCUUCCGCCUCGCCUCCCUUCACUCUAUGCUGAAGGUGCCCAGCACGCAUAUGACGAUGCGGACGCGGUGGCGAAGUUUGCGCAGAUCGCGGACCUGUACUGGAGGGACGAAGGGAAGGGAUGGGCUCUGGUUGGUCAUCGACGCGGGUUCUGGCAGCACUCUAAGGAACCCGCCCUACAGCACGAGCACGUGUGGUCGCGCGUGGGUCAGUUGCUCAAGGCGAAAGCGUUGCUGCCCAAGACCGCGUUGCGACCUGCUCGGAUACCUCUCAAGGAGGCUCCCCGUCCUCGGUGCUUCAACUUCUUUGGGCUCUCCCGACCUUUUACGAUUCGCAAGCUUCGUCGGCUUGUGAACAAGGUGCGGUUCCCAGGGAGGGAGGACCGUGUCAAGCGUUUCCCUGAUGGGACUUCUCAGAGCGAUAGGAAGCGCUUCUGGAGAUGGCUUCAUGACCGGUUCGCGUCUGCUGUCGAGCAGGACACCCACUGGCGGCUCAUGUACGACGUGACGCCGACGCGCAAGAGGCAGCAUACUCAGGGUCAUGCCUCUUCGCCGACGUGUCUGUUCUGCGGCAACGAUGCAGCGGUCAUCGAGACGGUGUCCCACUACUUUUUCGAGUGCGCGUAUUCGACCAGCUUCUGGGGUGGGGUGCUACGCAUUCUGCUUGACAAGCUCGGCAUCGAGGAUACCGACGUCGAUCCGUCGACGUUCACUCCGGAGCAGCUGACUAUGGGGCUCCCCCUUUUGCGGGGUCGUGGGAGAACGACCUCGAAAUGGAUGUGGGUUCGGCUGGCCUGCGCGAUCGGCUUCCAGCGGCUGCACCUGCUCCGCUGGCGCGUUCAUCAGCGGUUCGAGCUGGACAGCGUCGUGGCCCCUCCCUCGCUUCCCAGUGCGCUCAGAGCGUUCGAGCGAGAUUUUCUCUCUCGAGCGGGUUUUGUGCCUGGGGUUCGAGAUUGGGAGGUGUGA